AUGAGCUCAGCUGAAGAUUCUCGGGAAGCCACCACGGCCCCUUCGCUCAGUGACGAAGAUUACGAGAAGAUCCAGAAAGCGAUGGACGAGGGUCGAUAUCCGUGCAACAACGGCAAUUUCAACCUCACCACUGGGAGAUGUAUCUGCGAGAAGAACUAUGUUCACCUCGUCUAUGAAGAUCGAAUAGAGAUGUGCACCUACCAGGAGAAGGUCAUAGGAUCACCCUCCGUCCCGGGCUUCCACUUUGUUGAUGAAACUUUGAGGCGAGGCGACCUCAUCGUAAACAGCGUGGCAGAGUUUCUCGCUCAGCUUGUUACCUAG